GUUCGUUUUGUGGUUUAAUGAGAAGAGAGCUGGAGUGGUGUCGUGCUCUGUCAUGUCUUUUCGGACACACAGAUACACCCGCUCGUGUGUGUGUGUGUGUGUGUGUGUGCGUGUGUGUGAGAAGUAGUGCGCAAGCUACUGUAGUUUCUUGAGGAAAAAGAAAAGAGGAAGCAGUUCCGCCCUAGAAGCUGAAGCCUGGAGGCCGAGAAAACAGUCGAGAGAGGAGAAAAGAAGCCAGCGAGCAACACAGCCCCGCUCCGAACCCCAAGACUACAGCACAAACACCGUGGGGUUGGCGCCUUUUACUUGUUGCUUCGGCAGAUGGACAGUUAAAGUCCAGCGGGACUGUGGUUGUCAGGUCUGGUUGUGUUGAAAACGUCUUUGUAGAGAAUGAGCUUCACGUAAAAGAAGUUUCAGUUCGAAGCUGCGGCGAUUAAACCGUCCAUGCGGGUGUCUUACGGUAACAUUAACGUUAACAGGCGGGUCUACUGAGGACUUAAUUUUGGAUUUUGUCGUGGUUUGGUUGUCUUUGGCUGCUGUUGGUGAACGGUGGGACUCGGGCCCUAGAAGGUUUCUGAUCAGGACAAAUCCCAGUUCCAAACCAGUAUGAGUGGAGAAGAGGAAAGAUUCAAAUUGGUGGUGGUGGGAGGAGGAGGGGUGGGGAAGAGCGCCCUGACCAUCCAGUUCAUCCAGUCCUACUUUGUGUCAGACUACGACCCCACCAUCGAAGACUCCUACACCAAGAUCUGCACAGUGGAUGGAAAGGAGACCCGGCUGGACAUCCUGGAUACAGCAGGUCAGGAAGAGUUUGGAGCGAUGAGGGAGCAGUACAUGCGCUCAGGAGAAGGCUUCCUAUUGGUGUUUGCACUCAACGACCGGGGCAGCUACCAUGAGGUCCAGAAAUUCCACACUCAGAUCCUGAGAGUGAAGGACCGGGAUGACUUCCCUAUGGUGCUGGUUGGAAACAAGGCUGAUCUGGAACAGCAAAGAGUGAUCUCCAGGGAGGAUGCUCAGGCAUUUGCCAGAGAAAACAGGAUCCACUACAUGGAGGCUUCGGCCAAGAAUCGCUACAACGUGGACGAAGUCUUCAUGGAGCUGGUACAAAUUAUCAGUUUUUUUGCUUCAAUGGCAGCCUUGUCAGUGGUGUGGAUACCCCUGCUGUUCCUGCUGCAGCUGGCCCACUGCUCUGUCAUCUACAGACAUGCUCCAGGAGAUCCAGUGUUGGUGGACGGGCAGGCAGCAAACUCCUUCCUGUCCCGCUCGCUGCUCUAUAACAGCUGGGACUUUGAGAUAGUAGUGACUGACAAUCUGGAGAGGGAGUGCGUGGAGGAGAUGUGCAGCUAUGAGGAGGCCAGAGAGGUGUUUGAGGACAAAGUCCAGACGGAUUUAUUUUGGAACAACUAUGUCAACAGUGGAGGGAAUGCACCCGGAGUGGACGUGUCAGGGCUGGUGGCAGGGAUCCUGGCUGUCCUAGUCCUCGCUGUUAUUGCCACUGUGCUGGGAAUCUACUGCUACAAAGCCAAGAACAAAGGCGGACAGAGGGUUCCAGCGAGGAUGCCAGUAGACGGACGUCCAGCCCCAGAGAUGGUGCCCCUGUCUGGUAUCAUUGCCCCAGGUCUACCCAGCUACAAUGAGGCUCUGAACCACAGUGGGCAACACGAUGCCCCGCCACCACCUUAUUCAGGGGGUGCGCCAUCAGAACCCGCUGAUCCUGGAGACAACGAAUGAGAGGGCUGGCAGAGCCUCUUCAUUAUGCUUAAUGGGCACUGGUGGUUCGAGUGAACUUUGGAAUAUUCCAUGUUUUUUCAUAUACUGUAUUUAUAAGUGAAGUUAGGACACAACCCCACAAUGGACACCACUGAUCUGCAUAUCGGCUGGCCAGUUGUCUGUCCACUACACGUGAUGCUUUAAAGUGGGUAAAGCUGAGGGUGUGGUUCAUUUCUGUGGUUGCACUGUACACCAAACUGUUGUGCUUGUAAGGUAUUUUUGAGCAGAGCAACAAAAGGCACUAAAUUCAUGGAAAUAUUGAUUCUUCAAGAAACCCAACUAUGUUUUAUAUAAUAAAUUACACAACAGU